AUGGAAAACGACAGUAUGGCUACGAAUGAAGAAUAUUGUCAUUCUUCUCGUAAGUCAAGCGUUAAACGAUUAUCUGAUAAUAUCAGUCGAAAACAACUGCUAUUUAAUUUACCUGUUAUGAAUAUUCCUGAAAUGUCCGAACAAGCGUUAAAACGGUGGUGUGAAGCUCGCGAUACAUAUCUUGAUCAACGAUAUCCAUCUGUGGAAAAACAAAAAUAUAAAAGUUUAAACAAUGAAGAAACUCCAUCGAUUUCAAUACUUGACGCUAAACAUGGCAAUGAACAAGAUGUUCCACGUGACUCUUUUGACAAACAAAAUAUACAAACGAUUGCUGAUGAUUUUAAAGAUCAAUGUACCGAAACAGAUGCAAAUAAAACUACAUUAUUCAAUAGAAACAUCGAGCAGAUUGAUCAAAGCAGUCAAGUUGAUUUGUUAUUUUCUCAAGUUGAAAUAGAUGAUGAUAAUAAUAAUCAUAAUAAUAGUAAUGAUACAAAUCUAGUCGAAGACAGAAAAGAAAAAAAUGAUAAAGCUAUUGAAACAGAUUAUUCAACCGUAACUAUUAAAAAUGAGAAUGGACUUAUACAUGAAAACGUUAGAGGCAAUUCGUCAGACUUAUCCAUUGAUCAAAGCGAUGAUAAUGAUAGUAAAACCAUCAUGCCGUCACGUAAAUCGAAUAUAUCUGCUUACGAACAAUUUCUCAUGUAUUCCUAUUAUAUAUUUUUUAUUGUUUUAUGUUUAAUUAGAAUAGAAUUUGAUUAUUGUAGACUUCGGCAUCGUUUCAAACGAUUAUCACAAGAACGUCGUUUACUGAGUUGUCUCUUAGUGCUAUAUAUUAUUAUUAUGUGUGGACUAUUUGUAGUUAUAUUUCUUUUACUACUAACAUUCAACGGGCACUCACAGAUUUUCUACGAACAAGUAACAUCGAAUGACACCAGCAUGAUUCACGGAGUUGCUCAAUAUGGUGAAUCGUGCAGUAACGAUAAUGAUUGUCGGCAACCAUUUACCUGCUAUAAGAAAGGAUCGACAUGGGGUAUCUGUCGAUGUCCAUGGAAGCACGAUUUAGUUAAUAAUGAAUGUGUUGGUGAUCUCAAUGCAUUAUGUAGUCGAGAUGCUGAUUGCCAACGAUACAUGCUCUGCUCAGGCACGGACGAUGGUACAAGACGUUGCCAUUGCCAAACAUUAUAUAGCUAUGAUCUAGAGCAAAAGCGAUGUUACGGCGAUUAUCGUGCUCCAUGUCAAAGUAAUAAUGAUUGUCGAACUAAUCUUAUAUGUAAUACAACGACUAUACCGUCCAUGUGUUUAUGUCAAUUAAAUUAUCGAUACUAUCCAUUAGUACGUAAAUGUCGUGGUGAUCCAGGUUCUACGUGUGAAGCAGCUACUACUGAAUGUGCUGAUAAUGCAGAAUGUCGUGAUGGUGCAUGUGAAUGUGCAUUUCAAUUUGUUCCGGAUGGAAAUAAACUAUGUGUUGAUCCAUGCCUUAAAAUAACACCGAAACUGGUAAAAAUUCGCUAUCCAGGACAUUGCCAUCGAUUUAUUGAUUGCCAACGAAGAUCAAAAAGUGAAUGUCCUGAAAUGACAAUAUUCAAUUUUCGUACUCAACUCUGUGAUUAUCCUAAAAAUGUGUUAGAUUGUCAAUAA